CGAAUGGAGGUCGCCGUUGACGUUUGGCCUGUAGAGCCAGUCUGCAGUCCCCUUUACGCGGGUGAUGGCCAUGACCCGCGCGGGCGCGGCGGUGCAUCCGGCCGACUUGCUUUGUGCUGCCCUCGGAGUGCUGGGGGUAGCGUCUGUGCUCUGUCUCAGAAGCGGAAAGGCUCGGAAGAAGCGGCAUUGGGAGGACGACCACUGGCCUUGUGGGAUUGGCGGUAUGUGAGACUCCACACGAGGCUAAGAAUAUUGUACACGAAGAUUCUUGAUGUUCUUGAUCAAAUCCCCAAAAAUGCUGCAUAUAGAAAAUACACAGAACAGAUUACAAAUGACAGGCUGGCUACAGUGAAAGCGGAACAAGAUAUUAAAAAAUUAGAAGACCGACUUCAACUUGGCCAAAUAGAGGAGGUGAUUCUUCAGGCUGAAAGUGAACUAAGUCUGGCAAGGAAAAUGAUACAGUGGAAACCAUGGGAGCCAUUGGUGGAAGAGCCUCCUGCCAACCAGUGGAAAUGGCCAAUAUGACUGUCAUUUAUUGUCUUUGAUGGGUUGAUAUGAAACUGAUAUAAUUAAAUGUUCUGUUAUAUUAAA